GAGCCGGGACGAGCCGCUCCCGCGGUCGGGGAGCCGCCGCCCUGCCCGGUGCGCGGCCGACCGGCGGCGCGGGAACACACCGGUAACUUCCGAGCCCCACGCAGGGUCCGCACCGAGCCCCGAGGGUACGGCCGGGAGGGCGGGGCGGGGGGCGGGCGGGAGGCGCGGCCGUGAGCUCGCCCCGCCGCCGCCGCCGCCACCACCCCCCCGCUCCGCCGCGGCCGCCACUUCCCGCGGGCGUCGCGCAGCGGCGGGCGCUACUCCGCAGGAAGCGGCCCCGGCCCGGCCCCUCCCGCCGCUCGGCUCAUGCACUCUGCGGCGCGGCGGCACGGGCGGCGGGAUGGCUCCGGUACCAGUAUCGGUGGGCGCUGAGCCGCGGCCCCCCGCGCUGUUACCGCUGUUGCUCCUGCUGCUGCUGCUGCUGCCCGGCCGCGCCGCCGGCCUGGAGGUGCAGCGCAAGUUCCUCUCGCCCACCCCUACCAACAACUUCGCCCUGGACGGACCCGGCUCCCGCGUCUACCUCGCGGCCGUCAACCGCCUCUUCCAGCUGUCGGGGGGCGAGCUGGCGCUGGAGGCGGAGGCGGCGGUGGGGCCGGUGCUUGACAGCCCUCUCUGCCACGCUCCGCAGCUGCCGCAGGCCUCCUGCGAGCACCCCAAGGUGCUCACCAACAACUACAACAAGAUUCUGCAGCCCGACCCCGAGCAGGGCGUCCUCGUCGUCUGCGGCUCAAUCUACCAGGGUCUCUGUCAGCUGCGCAGCAUGGCCAACAUCUCGGCCGUGGCCGUUCGCUUCCCGCCGGGAGGCAGCGACCCGGUCACCGUCUUUCCCAGCAUGCUGAACGUGGCGGCGAACCACCCCAACGCCUCCACCGUGGGGCUGGUGCUGCGCCGCGGCGGCGGCGGGGCGCGGCUGCUGGUGGCCGCCACCUACACUGGCUUCGGCAGCCCCUUCUUCCCCCGCAACCGCAGCCUGGAGGACCACCGCUUCGAGAACACGCCCGAGAUCGCCAUCCGCGCCCUCAACGCCCGCGGCGACCUGGCCAAGCUUUUCACCUUCGACAUCAACCCCUCCGACGACAACAUCUUCAAGAUCAAGCAGGGCGCCAAGGCGCGGCACAAGCUUAGCUUCGUCCGCGCCUUCCUGCAGCGCGGGGCCGCGCCGCCCGCCCGCCGCCCCUACGCCUACCUGGCGCUCAACAGCGAGGCCAACGCGGGCGAUAAGGAGAGCCCCUCGCACAGCCUGCUGGCCCGCAUCUGCCUGGGCGAGCCGGCCGAGGCCACGCUCAACGGCAGCGGCGAGACCAAGAAGCUGACCGAGUCCUACAUCCAGCUGGGGCUGCGCUGCGGCGGCCCCGCCGACGCCUUCACCCGCCUCGUCUCCGUCUUCCCGGCGCGGGCGGUCUGGCGCAGCCCCGCCGACCCUGGCCCGGACCCGCCGCCUCCCGAGGACCUGCUUUUCGGCGUCUUCGAGCGGGCCGGGACCGCCGGCGGCGGGGGGCGGCCGCAGUCUGCGCUCUGCGUCUUCCGCUUCGCCGAGAUCGAGGAGACGAUCCGGGCCGCCCGCAACUCCUGCUUCGUCAGCCCGGCCGCCGGCAUGGUCACCGUGCUGGACAGCGUGGUGCAGGGCACCGGGCCGGCCUGCGAGAAGAGGAACAUACAGCUGCAGCCGGAGCAGCUGGACUGUGGAGCUGCACAUCUCCAGCACCCGCUGGCCAUCGUCAACCCUGUCACUGCCACUCCCAUCUUCACCUACAGUGGCCUGACUGCUGUGGCUGUGGCCAGCAUCAACAACUACACCGUGGUGUUCCUGGGCACUGCCAGCGGAGGACUCCUCAAGAUUAAUCUGGACAGUAACAUGAAGGUUAUCAGCAGGAGAUCCAUUUCUGUGGCUUACGGGGAGCCUGUCCACCCCAUCAUGCAGUUCGACCCUUCUGAUUCCUCCUAUCUCUAUCUGAUGACCUCCUAUCAGAUGGCACGGGUGAAGGUGGCUGCCUGCAACCAGUACUCGACGUGCACGGAGUGCCUGGCCGCUGCGGAUGCCUACUGCGGGUGGUGCACCAUGGAGACCAGGUGUUCUCUGCAGCAUGAGUGCGCAAACUUCACAGGGGCCAACUUCUGGGCGAGUGCAAGUGAAGGAGUGCAGCAGUGCCCUUCCAUGACCAUCCUGGAGCCGGAGAUCAACAUCGACAAGGAGAACCCGGCCCUGAUCAUACAAAUAAAUGGGACGAUCCCAGACCUGAACGGGACAGACAUCUCCUGUGACUAUGGAAACAACAUCCAGACAGUGGCCAGAGUGGCUGGAGAUGAUGUGACCCAGUUCAUCUACUGCAGCCUGCUCCCCCGGGAGGCAUACCCUGCGUUCCCAGAGCACCAGGACCACGUGGUGGUGGAGGCUGCUCUCCGGGUCAACAGCAGGAACAUCAUCCAGGCCAGUUUCACCAUCUACGAUUGCAAAAGAACCGGGAACGUCUCCCCGAGGAGAGCGUGCACCAGCUGCCUCUCAACCAGGUGGAAGUGCCACUGGUGCCCCUCCACCUACACCUGUGUCUCCAACUCCUCGCAGUGUGAUGAUGUGCUGCAGAUGAAGGUAAGCUCAAAAGCUGACUGCCCACGGAUCGUGGCUGCCCCCCUGGAGCCGAUGCCCACCGGAGUGUCUCGGGACAUUAGGAUCUCUCUGGCUCAGGCAACCUUCUCCGAGGACACAGCUCUGCAGUGCCACUUCGGGCCGGACAGGACGUUUGAAGCCCGCUGGGUGAACUCUUCUGCCGUGGAGUGCCUGAAUGUGGUGCUCCACACACCAGAGAAGAGCCAUCUCUUCCCAGUGAACCUCCAGCUGAAGGACAGCCCAGACAGAUUUAUCGACAGCCCGGAGACAAUGACAGUGGAGGUGUACAACUGCGCGACCGGCAGCGCCGACUGCUCCCAGUGCCUGGGCAGGGAGGACCUGGGGCACCGCUGCCUCUGGAGUGAGAGCAGCUCCAGCUGCAGGCUGCACACUGAGGCCUCCCCUGCCUCUGACGUCUGCCCCGCUCCCGAGAUUCGGAAGAUCGAGCCGCUGCGUGGGCCCCUGGAGGGGGGCACCCUGCUGACCAUCCGCGGGAGGAACCUGGGCCGGCGCUUCAGCGACGCGGCGGGCGCCGUGCGGAUCGGGGCCGUGCCCUGCGUGCCGCUGCCGCACCGAUACAUCGUGUCCGAGGCGAUUGUGUGCCAGACCGGGGAGGCUCCGGAGGCCUUCUCAGAUGUGGUGACGGUGAACAUGAGCCGGGAGGGGAGGUCCCGGGAGCGGUUCUCCUAUGUGCUCCCUGUGGUGUACUCCAUAGCUCCCCUGAAUGGCCCCAGGGCUGGAGGAACCAGGGUGACCAUCAGAGGCAGCAGGCUGGACGUUGGCUCCGAGCUCCGCGUCCUCGUCAACACCUCCAAGCAGUGCACUGACCUCAGCCGCAGCGACAGCACCAUCAGCUGCACCGUGCCAGCCGCAGAGCUCACCGGCACCGUGCCCGUCUGCGUCCAGUUCGAGAACAGGUCCUGUGCCAGCCACAACAUCACCUUCAAGUACGAGAGGAACCCGCUCAUAUCGGGCAUCAGCCCCACCAAGAGCCAGCUCAGUGGGGGCAGGAUCAUCACCCUGGAAGGAAGAGGCUUUGAGCUGGUCCAGAACGUGUCCAUGGCUGUCCGUGGCAUCGGCAGAGAGCAAACGAGCUGUAAGGUUCACAGUGACACCACCAUCACCUGCCCCUCUCCAGCCGCCUCCAACGUCACUGCCGGCGGCAAGCCUGCGCCGGUCGACUUCUACCUCAACAGUCGCCGCUACGCCGAGGACCGCCCGGCCCUGGACGAGGAGAUGUACCCCGAGGAGGCCCUGCACAUCAGCAAGUUCAGCCUGGACUACUAUGCUGACCCCCAGUUCUUCACAGCCAAGAAGGAGAAGUGGAUCAAGCACCAUCCCGGCGAGCCCUUGACUCUGGUUAUACAUAAAGAGCCUGACAGCCUGGGGCUGGAGAGCAACGAGUACCAGGUGCGCAUCGGCCUCGUGUCCUGCGAGAUCCAGAUCGUGUCGGACAGAGUCAUCCACUGCUCCGUCAACGAGUCGCUCAGCACCGCCCACCGCCAGCUGCCCGUCACGAUCCAAGUGGGAAAGUUCAACUACACCAUUGCCACGCUGCAGCUGGGGGGAGGAGAGACUGCCAUCAUCGUCUCCAUCGUCAUCUGCAGCAUCCUGCUGCUGCUCUCUGUUGUAGCCCUCUUUGUGUUCUGCACGAAGAGCCGCAGAGCCGAGCGGUACUGGCAGAAAACGCUGCUGCAGAUGGAGGAGAUGGAGUCGCAGAUCCGCGAGGAGAUCCGCAAAGGUUUUGCAGAGCUGCAGACAGACAUGACAGACCUGACCAAGGAACUGAACCGCAGCCAGGGGAUCCCCUUCCUGGAGUACAAGCACUUUGUCACCAGAACCUUCUUCCCCAAGUGUUCCUCACUCUACGAGGAGUGCUACAUCCUGCCGGCACAGCAGCUCAGCUCCCAGGGGGGCUCCCAGGCCCAGGAAACCCACCCGCUCCUGGUGGGGGAAUGGAAAAUCCCUGAAAGCUGCAGGCCCAACAUGGAAGAAGGGAUCUCACUGUUCUCCACCUUGCUCAACAACAAGCACUUCCUCAUCGUCUUUGUCCAUGCUCUUGAGCAGCAGAAGGACUUUGCUGUAAGAGACAGGUGUAACCUGGCCUCCCUGCUUACUAUUGCAUUGCAUGGGAAACUGGAGUAUUACACCAGCAUCAUGAAGGACCUCUUGGUGGAUCUAAUAGAUGCUUCAGCUUCCAAAAACCCCAAGCUGAUGCUGAGGAGAACAGAGUCUGUGGUGGAGAAGAUGCUCACCAACUGGAUGUCCAUCUGCAUGUACAGCUAUCUCAGAGAGACAGUUGGAGAGCCUUUCUUCCUGCUGAUCUGUGCCAUCAAGCAGCAGAUUAACAAAGGCUCCAUCGAUGCCAUCACGGGCAAGGCCAGGUACACCCUCAACGAGGAGUGGCUGCUGAGGGAGAACAUCGAGGCCAAGCCUAGAAACCUCAACGUCUCCUUCCAAGGCUGCGGGAUGGACUCCCUGAGCGUCAGGGCCAUGGACACCGACACGCUCAGCCAGGUGAAGGAGAAGAUCCUGGAGGCCUUCUGCAAGAACGUGCCCUACUCCCAGUGGCCAAGGGUGGAAGAUGUUGACCUUGAGUGGUUUGCCACCAGCACCGACAGCUACAUCCUGCGGGACCUGGACGACACCUCGGUGGUGGAGGACGGCAGGAAGAAGCUCAACACCUUAGCACACUACAAGAUCCCUGAAGGGGCAUCACUGGCCAUGAGCCUGUCAGACAAGAAGGACACCACACUGAGCAGAGUGAAGGAUUUGGACACUGAGAAGUACUUCCACUUGGUUCUCCCCACCGAUGAAUCUGUUGAACACAAGAAGUCCCACAGGCAGAGCCACAGGAAGAAAGUCCUACCAGAGAUCUACCUGACCAGGCUGCUCUCCACGAAGGGCACGCUGCAGAAGUUCCUGGACGACUUGUUCAAAGCCAUCCUCAGCAUCCGGGACGACAAGCCCCCCCUGGCUGUCAAGUACUUCUUCGACUUCCUCGAGGAGCAGGCGGAGAAGAGAGGGAUCACAGACCCUGACACUAUGCACAUCUGGAAGACCAACAGCCUGCCGCUGAGGUUCUGGGUGAACAUCCUGAAGAACCCCCAGUUUGUCUUCGACAUCGACAAGACCGACCACAUCGACGCCUGCCUCUCGGUCAUCGCCCAGGCCUUCAUCGACGCCUGCUCGCUCUCCGACCUGCAGCUGGGCAAGGACUCCCCCACCAACAAGCUGCUGUACGCCAAGGAGAUCCCCGAGUACAGGAAGAUCGUGCAGAGAUACUACAAACAGAUCCACGACAUGCCCCCGCUCAGCGAGCAGGAGAUGAACGCUCACCUGGCCGAGGAGUCGCGGAAGUACCGGAACGAGUUCAACACCAACGUGGCCAUGGCCGAGAUCUACAAAUACGCCAAGCGCUACCGCUGCCAGAUUGUGGCUGCCCUGGACGCCAACCCCACCACCAAGCGCACCCAGCUGCAGCACAAGUUUGAGCAAGUGAUUGCACUGAUGGAGGACAACAUCUACGAGUGCUGCAGCGAAGCCUAGGCCCACUGCAGCCCUGGAAGUGACCUUCUGUGCCGCACAGGGCUGGGGGGAACCUGCCUUCAGCCACCAUACGCCGUGGAUUGCCUCACCAGGGUCAUUCCCCAACCAGCCUCAUGGUGGGGGUGGACCUGUCCCAUGGCUGAAGGGCUCCCUCACCUAAAAAGCAGCUUUCCUGAGCAGCUCAAACCCCUCUGGUCUACACUAUGGCACCCAUAAGUUAUUUGCUGUUGCCAGCCAGAAAUGGAGAUGUGACACAGCAAGCUCAGAUCACCACUUCCCUCUGGUCAGCAGCUCCCUGCAGCCCUGCUUGUGGCUCCUCAGGACAAGAGAUGGGGCUGCAGAAGGUCUAACAAAGAGGUGAAGCAAAGGGCAGCCUCAGGGAGUAAUGAGCAAAGACAGCAAAGGCCAUGGGAGCAGCGCCUGAGCUCCCUUCCACACCAUCCCUCUGACAUCCUUGUUGUAACAACACCAGGGACUCGCUCAGCUGUU